GUUACUGCUUAGACUUCUCAGAGAAGCAGCAGGAGAGGAAAGAAGAGGGAGUGGACUCAUGAACUAUGGUGAGGACCUGGUUCACUGUGACUGCCUCUCUGGUCCGCUCUGCGAUCGUGUGUUUCACAGUGUCACAAAGACCAUAGCUCUCUUGACUGUCCCUUCAUUCUCUCUUCCUCUGACUUGAAAGGGAAAUGAGAAAUGAGACCAGUGUGACUGAAUUUAUUCUCAAAGGCUUCUCAGAUACACCUGAACUGAGGUUCGUGAGCAUCUCAGUUUUCCUCUUCAUCUACCUCUUUUCCCUCCUCGGGAACAUGUCCAUCAUCGCAGCUGUGACCAGAGACAGCCGCCUCCACACCCCCAUGUACUUCUUCCUGCAGAAUCUGUCCUUCUUGGACAUGUGCUACACCUCGGUCACCAUCCCCAAGGCACUGGUCAAUUCCCUCGUGGGUUCCAACCUCAUUUCCUUUUGGGAGUGUGUGGCUCAGCUCUUCUUAUUUGUCAUGCUGUGUGCUUCCGAGUGUUUCUUGCUUACGUCCAUGGCCUAUGACCGCUGUCUAGCCAUCCACAAGCCUCUCCUCUAUGGCGUCAUUAUGAGUAGAAAGCUGUGUGCAGAGCUUGUCACCAUGGCCUGGCUGAGCGGAGCUCUCUAUGCUGUUUUCCACACCGCCAACACCUUCUCCCUUCUGUUCUGCGGACCCAACGUGGUCGACCACUUUUUCUGUGACAGCUCCCCCCUCAUGAGGCUCUCCUGCAGUGACUUCCACACCCACGAGGAAGUGGGAUUUGCAGUGGGUGGGUGCAUCAUUCUCAGUGCCUUCGCCCUCACCGUCGCCUCCUAUGCUGUCAUCAUCUCUGCCAUCGCUCAGAUCCACUCUGCCAGGGGCCGUGGGAAGGCCUUCUCCACCUGCUCCUCUCAUCUUGCCACUGUUACUCUGUUUUAUGUCACUGGGAGUGUUGCUUACCUGAGACCUACUUCUCAAUACUCUCCCACUCAAGGACGACUACUGUCUGUGUUUUACUCCAUCCUAACACCCAGCCUGAACCCUCUCGUUUACUGUCUGAGAAACAAAGACAUGCAGGUGGCCCUGAAGAGGCUACUUGCCCCAUCCGACUAGACCUUGUUUUCUCAUAUUAAGCACAUUACCCUGAACCUUAACUUAGAUAUAAUGAAUACGUUUUUAGAAACAUGCAACCUAGCGAAACCGAGUAAUAAAGAAAUAGAAAAUGUGGCCCUGACUGGUGUGGCUCAGUGGAUUGAGUGCU